UAUAUUACCAACUCAUUACUACUACGUCUCUCUCUCUCUCUCUUUCUCUUUCUCUCUCUCCCUGUCUCUAUCUCUCUCUGAACCAUCCCUGCAUUUCAUUCUCCUUUACCAUCCACUUUCUGGAAUCUUUAAACAACCUCUUAAAUUCAUUUCUUUGACUUGCCCUUUUCAUUUCUUUGUAAAUCUUGGUGACCCUUUUGAAGGCUCUCUCUGAAACUCAAGAAGAUGAUCUAACUCGGCCCCUGGACUCGGUCUUUUUGGUAGAUAACUCAAGUCAAGAGGUUUUAUAUGUACUUUGAGGCUGUUUCUAUUGAGUGAUUGUAGUUCAUAUAUCAGCAUUGAUCAUUAUCUUUCAAUCACAACUCCAUGAGCAGUCUCAAACUAGGAGUGGAGGUUGUCAGCGCCCACAACCUUAUGCCCAAAGAUGGCCAAGGCUCAUCCAGUGCCUUUGUGGAGCUCAACUUUGAUCAUCAAAGAUUUCGGACCACUAUCAAAGAGAAGGAUCUUGACCCUGUUUGGAAUGAGUCUUUCUAUUUCAACAUCUCUAAUCCAGAAAAUCUACCCAAUCUCACUCUCGAGGCCCAUGUCUACAACAAUAAUAAAGCUAACAAUUCCAAAUCUUCCCUAGGCAAGGUUUGCAUAACAGGGACAUCAUUUGUCCCCUACUCGGAUGCUGUUGUUUUGCAUUAUCCUCUUGAAAAACGAAGCAUUUUCUCCCGUGUUAAAGGUGAGCUUGGCUUGAAGUUAUUUCUCACCGAUGAUCCCAACAUAAAGUCCUCCAAUCCCCUUCCAAUGGAGAACUCUUCGCAGAAAAAUUCGUUAUCUGCCCAAGCUCAAGCAACUGUGCAGCAGACUCAGAAUCGGUCAUCAAAGGUCAAAGAUGAGUCAGUUCGUACAUUCCACAAUCUAGCGACUCCAAAGCAGCAGCAGCAGCAGCAGCAACAGCCAUAUAUUCCUAGUACUGCUAUGCAACAACCAGUAAGAUAUGGUGUUGAUGACAUGAGACAUGAAUCUCGAGCUUCCAACCUUGCCCGCAUGUACUCAGGUUCUUCAUCGCAACCAAUGGAAUAUGCACUGAAAGAGACUAGUCCUUUUCUUGGAGGGGGCAGAAUUGUUGGAGGUCGUGUGAUACGUGCAGACAAACCAGCUAGUACUUAUGAUCUUGUUGAACCAAUGCAGUUCCUUUUUGUACGAGUUGUCAAAGCCCGGGACCUCCCGACUAUGGAUGUUACGGGUAGCCUUGAUCCUUAUGUUGAAGUACGAGUUGGAAACUAUAAAGGAGUCACACAACACUUCUCGAAAACACAUAACCCAGAAUGGAAUACAGUUUUCUCUUUCUCACGGGAGAGAGUGCAAACAUCUGUAUUGGAAGUUGUUGUUAAGGAUAAGGAUCUGUUGAAAGAUGAAUUUGUUGGCAUUGUUCGCUAUGACAUAACCGAUGUUCCUACACGAGUUCCUCCAGACAGUCCAUUGGCACCAGAAUGGUAUCGCCUGGAAGACAAGAAAGGACAGAAAACCAAAGGAGAACUGAUGCUUGCAGUCUGGAUUGGAACACAGGCUGAUGAGGCUUUUCCUGAUGCUUGGCAUUCCGAUGCAGCUAUUCCUGCUGAUAGCUCAAUGCCGUCCACCCACAUCCGCUCUAAAGUGUACCAUUCCCCAAGACUAUGGUAUGUUCGUGUUAAUGUGAUUGAGGUUCAAGACCUAGUUUUGUCUGACAAGACUCGUUUUCCGGAUGUAUAUGUUAAAGUACAGAUAGGUAGCCAGAUUCUUAAAACAAAGCCAAUUCAGGUACGAUCUGUGAAUGCAAUGUGGAACGAGGAUAUGAUGUUUGUUGCUGCUGAACCCUUUGAAGAUCAUCUUUUUCUUUCUGUCGAAGAACGUGGUGGCCAGAACAAAGAUGAAAUAUUUGGAAGGGUCCUUAUACCAUUGAACUCUGUUGAAAAGCGUGCUGAUGAUAGAUUGAUACACUCUCGAUGGUUUAAUCUCCAAAAGCCAAGCAUCACUGAUGUUGAAGAGAUAAAGAAAGAAAAAUUUGCUACAAGACUCAAUGUACGAGUUUGCCUUGAUGGAGGGUAUCAUGUACUUGACGAGUCCACUCACUACAGCAGUGAUCUCCGGCCAACAGCAAAACAGCUAUGGAAGCCAUCCAUAGGUAUCCUGGAACUUGGCAUUUUAAAUGCUGAUGGUCUCCAUCCAAUGAAGACAAGAGAUGGAAGGGGCACAUCAGAUACGUAUUGUGUAGCCAAGUAUGGCCACAAAUGGAUUCGAACCCGAACAAUCAAUGAUAGUUUAAGUCCCAAGUACAAUGAGCAAUACACAUGGGAGGUUUUUGAUCCGGCAACUGUUCUCACUGUAGGUGUUUUUGAUAACAGUCAGCUUCUGGAGAAUGGUUCAAGUGGAAACAGAGAUAUGAAAAUUGGUAAGGUACGUAUUAGGCUUUCUACUCUUGAAACCGGUCGUGUUUAUACUCACUCAUACCCGUUGCUAGUACUUCAUCCCUCUGGUGUAAAGAAGAUGGGGGAACUGCAUCUAGCAAUCCGGUUUUCAAGCACGUCUAUGACCAACAUGAUGUACAUGUAUUCACGACCCCUGUUGCCAAAAAUGCAUUAUGUGAGGCCAUUGACUGUGAUGCAGCAAGACAUGCUGCGACACCAAGCUGUCAACAUAGUGGCAGCUAGACUCAGCCGUGCUGAACCACCACUUCGGAAGGAAAUAGUCGAGUACAUGACUGAUGCGGAUUCACAUCUCUGGAGCAUGAGGCGAAGCAAGGCAAACUUUUUCCGUUUGAUGUCAGUUUUUAAUGGAUUAUUUGCUGUUGGAAAAUGGUUUGGGGAGGUUUCUAUGUGGAGGAAUCCUGUCACUACAGUGCUAGUGCAUGCUCUAUUUCUGAUGCUCGUGUGUUUUCCAGAACUGAUUCUUCCAACUGUGUUUCUAUACAUGUUUCUUAUAGGACUGUGGAACUACCGAUUUCGAGCAAGAUAUCCCCCUCACAUGAACACAAGAAUCUCUAAUGCUGAUUCAGUAAGUCGGGACGAACUUGAUGAGGAAUUUGACACAUUUCCUACAUCUCGAAGCUCAGAGGUAGUUCGGAUGAGGUAUGAUCGGUUAAGGAGUGUGGCUGGCCGGAUUCAGAGUGUGGUUGGUGACAUAGCUAGCCAAGGGGAAAGAGUGCAAGCACUUCUCAGCUGGAGGGAUCCACGAGCCACUACCAUAUUCAUAACAUUCUGUCUAGUAGCUGCCAUUGUGUUGUAUGUAACCCCUUUUCAGGUACUAGCUGUGUUGACUGGAUUUUAUGUCAUGAGGCAUCCUAGGUUCCGUCAUAAGUUGCCAUCUGCACCGCUCAAUUUCUUCCGUAGGUUGCCUGCGAGGACUGAUAGCAUGCUGUGAUUCUUCAGUUUAUUUCCGGCUACAUUUUGUCUAAAUACCAUUAUUAUGUCUGUUUGGAACUGGUUGCUUUUCUGUUGCAUCUUAUGUUAUGAGUUGACUAUAUUGGUGGACAGAAGUGUAUAAAAAAUUGAUGUCUGGGCGGAAAUUAUCAUUGCUAUCCUGUCCAAUUAUGAACAUGUGUUUGGAAAAUUAA